GAAUCAAGAAUGGCAGCUCGAGAAAAUUUAACAAAUCAGCACAAAAUCCGCAGAAUAGGACUUACAACACGUCAUGGAAUGUUUGUAGAGGCCUUCUACGCUGAUCGGCGAACUAAAUACAAUGCCGCCUUAAAAUCUAUUUCGAGUGAUAACAAGGGCAACUUAUUGGUCAGUUUAGAAAGUGGAAUCAAUCUUGUAUGCCCACAUCUAUCUGGUCAUUACUUACAUCCUCCAUUUUUUUACGUCCAGAUCAUAUGCUGUGAAGGAAAUGCUGGCUUUGUGGAAAUUGGCACUCCAGUCUUACCUCUUGAACAAGGCUAUUCGGUACUAGCCUGGAACCACGCUGGCUUUGGCGCAAGUGAAGGCUUGCCUUUCCCUGAGGAGGAAAGGGCUUCCAUUGAAGUUGCCGUCUUGUUCGCCAUUUACAAGUUACGCUUCAAUCCAGCUGACAUAAGGUUAUUUGCUUGGUCCAUUGGAGGCUAUGCUGCCACCUGGGCCGCAAUGAAUUUUCCUGAUAUUGGCGGCCUGGUUAAGGCCAAAUUAAAUUCCGAGUAG